CCUCCCCAGGAGGUGGCACCUGUCCCUUUGUCCCCUCAGGGCUGUGACCGAGGUGGCCUCAGGGUGGCGGGAGGGUUUUUGUCCCCUCCCCAGGAGGUGGCACCUGUCCCCUCAGGUCCCCCCAAAAAGUGCGCGGUGGCCUCGGGGGGUUGUGUCCCCUCCGCCACCGUGUCGCUGUCCCCUCAGGGCUGUGGCCAAAGUGCGCGGUGGCCUCGGGGCGGGGCUGAGGGGGGUCCGGAGAGCCUUUGUCCCCUCCUCAGGCGGUGCCACCGUGUCGCUGUCCCCGCAGGGUUCUCGCGCAGCCCCGGGACGCCCCCGGCGCGGGGGUUCGGCCCCCCGGGCUCGGCCCCCCAGCAGGGCUUUGCCGGGGCCACCGGUGGUUUCGGUGGGGCCACCAUGGCCGGGCUGGGGGUCCCCGGGUCCCCUCCGAGCUUCCUGAACGGCUCCACCGCCACCUCCCCCUACGCCAUCCUGCCCGCCAGUCCCCCGCUGGGCGCCUCGUCUGUCACCGUCACCUCGGGCCCGGGCACGGCCACCCCUCCCGGUGGCUUCUCCUUCUCUCCGGUGACGAUGAUCUCGGCCGUGAAGCAGAAGAGCGCCUUCGCCCCCGUGCUGCGGCCACAGGGCUCCCCCCCGCCCGCCUGCGCCAGCGCCCUGCAAGGUCAGACUGUCCCCAAGGCCACCAAGGCCACCAAGGCCACUGUGGUCUCUGACACCCAGCCCCCGGUGGCUCGUGCACCGUGAAGGGUCCCCGGUGUCACCACGCUCCUGUACAUGGGAAUGGUUGCCUUGUGCCACACCCUUGUGCCUUGUC